ACUACUUCUAGUUUUAUAAAAUCUUUUCAGGAUAUUUCUUCAAAGAAAACAAAGAACUGAAAUGGGUUUUGUUUUUCAUCCCAUUUCUACCAAGUACUGAUUUCUAAAACAUUAUUUUCUAUUUUGUUUUCCAUUUUACAAAAGGCUUGUUUAUGGUACCUAUACCAUUUCUUGUCUUCCUCUUGCUUAUUUUACAUUUGAGAAAAACUCUACUUCACUUGAGAAAGUAAGUAGAACAUUUUGACCUCUUUUUUUUAGAACAACUUAUUUUUCCUCAUACCUAUCUCACUCCCCCAUUCUUUUCCAUCAACACCUUGACCUCUUGAAUUGAUUUUAUGCCACCAUAUUCACCAUUGGUAUUGUAUCUGUACUUCCAUCACUACCCCUCUAAACCUUGGAUCUAUCUCUUUCCAUCAUUUGUUUGCCACAAACAAAGUGAUAACAAAUUUUCCUUUUAAUGCAUAUCACUCUCACUCUCCAUUUCUAUCUCUAUGUCUCAACCUCCAUCAACAUUACCUCCUCAACAUCAUGCACAUGGAUGAUGUGCAUCUCUCUCUCAUUGUUCAUUUUUGUUUGGCAAGAAUGGAGCCGGCCAAUUUGUGUUUGCAUUCAAAAUUCGGCCAGCACUAUCUCCCCUUUUCCUUCUUAUACAAGCCAUGCCUCCCACCUACCCCAAUCCAUAAAUGGGCAGCCUCCCAACCAACUCAAUCAAUGAGGAGGCUACCUCCCAACCAACUCAAUCAAUGAGGAGGCAGCCAACCCACCCCCUCUCCCUCUAUAUAAAGGGGCUUGGCAGCCCACUCCCUCCUCACUUGCUCUCAUUUCCCACUCUCCACUCCUCUCCACUCCUCUCCUUUGCCUCAUUUCUUUUCACUCCCUACUAUUUCCUCCACUCCCUCACACUCUCCUCCUCCACUUCCCCACGAAAAUGGUGCUCCCCUUGCUCCCAUGGCCGGCCAUAGCCAUGGCAAGCCACCAAGAUGAAGCUCUCCCUCUCCCUCAAGCUCAUCCUCACCAUGAGAGCCUCCCUCUCCUUCUUCUCCCUAACCUUAGAUGGUUUAAUCUCCUCUUCUUCUCCCUCCAUUGCUAAGAUUGGAUCUUGAUGCAGGUGCAUGUUGGUCCAAGCAUGGAGAAGGUUGAGCUAUCCUCAGAUCUGAAGUUCUUGAGCAAAAUCCAAAUCGAGUGGUUCAAAGUUCUGCAGAUAGAUCAAGAUCUGGUCAGAUCUGACUUUGUCGAAUUAAAUCAGGAGCUUGGAAAAGAAUUUUUGAAUGAAACCAGUUGGGGGAUGUUUGGUUUAUACUAUGGUGAUAACCGAGAGAGGCAAUUGCUAAGUUGUGAUACUCUCAUACCUUUACUAGACGCGAGCAAUUCCGGAGAAGAAGAAGAAGUGGAAUUGGACAAGGUUUUUAUUUAUAUUGUUGGGAUUCUUAUAUUGAUGGAGUUGAAGAAGUACAGGGACAAAUAAGCCAAGACUUGAAGGAGUUCGACGGAUG